AUGAAUUACCGUUUCGCCAUUUGUUUUCCAGUCUCGACGGGCCCUAAUAGCUUUUCUGGCAGCAUCGGAAAAAGGCUCGACAGCUGUCUCGACUUCAAAGUAGAAGCAUUUGAACCAAUCCCAACAGAAUUGCCAGACCUGAAUACUGAUUUUCUAAGCACCAAUCAAAAAUAUCUGUAUCAAAUGUGCUCCGCAACUUCUGCUAGUACGGUAUCGCCAGACUUAGCUAUUAAAGAUCCAGGAAAACUGACAUAUUUUCGAUGGUUGACUUGCGCAAACAGAAUUCUUCAGUUAUAUAUUGGAACAGCUAACCAUGCGGAAAACUUGAAAGAAUUAGCCAAUUUUAUCAUGAAAGCUUAUGCACCAACCUGGUUUGAUAUCAAGACAAAAUCAUCUUGUAAAUAUGGUCCAAUUCAUGUGUUCAACAUGGUUAAAAGAAAAUUCGAAGAUUUAUAA